CAUUGUUCCAAAGAUCUCAAGCGGUCUCAAAAUGAAGGUAUUCGCUGUCCUUGUCUUCGCUAUAGCUUCAGUCUCCGCGUUAGGAUCUGGGCCGUACCUGCCCAGUGGAUGGAGACCUAAGGGUCCAGCGUUUUACUUGCCAUCUGAAAUUCAACAGAGAACUGAAGAGAAUCCGCUAAAAGAUGUGAUAUUCCAAGAAUCGGAGGCGUCCAGUUCCGAUUUCUUACGAGAAUAUGGCCCACCCAAGAAUGAAGAAGUCAUCCAAGAUAUCACAAAGCAAAAUUUACCUGAUGUGGCCACAGAACAAGCAUUCGCUGUGAUUGAAACUAGAUUUAAUGGAGAAAUCAAAGAAAAUAGCGAUGCUGUGACAGAAAAUGCCGUAGUUGAAGGCGAUGCUGUUGGUACAGAAGGUGGAGAAGUUGCUGUUACAGAAUCUCAAGUACUCGUUGAAGAGAAAUCUACAGAUUCUGUCUUAGAAGCAUCUGUAAAUGUUAAUGCACAACCAGAGAUUCAAGGAAAAUCUGUUAAUAUUGAAAUCGAGACUUCCAUUGCAAACACUGAAGAUGCAGUCCAAACAGGAGUUGAUGCUACAGAACGUGGUGUAGUUAUACAAGAGACAGGAGUCGUUAGCCGUGGAGUAAUUGGUGCUGUAGAAGGAAGAAUAGAACAAGAAGUUAAGACUGUUGUUGAAGGAGUGAAGAAUAUAGAAGAAGCUAUUAUUAAUAUUAAAAAUGAAGAAUCACUGCAAAGGCAAAGUGCCCAAGAUGCAGUUGGCGUGAGGAAUGUGGUAGAUAACUCUGGUUCCUUGGCUCAGGCUCCUGAAGGAUUUUUAGAGUACGGACCGCCUGGUUUCAGGGAGUAUGGCCCACCGAAAGAAGAUAUCGUUCCCCUGUCUGCAGCAGUAGAGGACAGACAAUCAGCAAAUCAAAUUGAGAGCAACGAAACAAGAAGGAGACGUUUUUCACCAAAAUUUAGGACCGCUAGGAAACAUUGAAAAGAAGUUUGUCCUGGACGAAAAUCUGCGAAUGGCGACAUGGAAAUUGUGAUAUACCUGCUAAAUAAUUAAAUAAUAAUUGUGCACAUAAACAUUAACGUAUUAUAAAAUUAAAUUGCAAUAAAACUUAAUAAAUGACAGUAAUUAAAAAC